CUCAUAUCAGUUCCUCUAUGCAGGGGCUUAGUCUAUGACCUAUAUAAAGGCAUAACGCCAUUAGGCACACAUACACUCAUCACAAUUGCUUAAACACUCACAACUCACAAGCAAAUGAAGACUCUAAGUAUUACAUGCUUACUUCUCAUCUUUAUUGCCUUUAAUCCUUCUAAUGCAAAACAAACACAACCCAUUUCUGAUAUCCUCAACAUUGACCAUGUUCUACACAAAAUUUAUCAGUGGCAAAGUGGAUUCCAAGAGUCUAAGGUCCUUAUUUCAGGCCCUUUGGUGCUGGCUGGAGUCCUCUGCUGCAUAGCUUCCUCUAUAUCUAGUGCUGGUGGAAUAGGAGGUGGUGGGCUUUUUAUACCCAUACUAACUAUUGUGGCAGGCUUAGACCUCAAAACAGCUUCAAGUAUCUCAGCUUUCAUGGUCACAGGAGGAUCAAUUGCAAACGUUGCAUGCAAUAUGUGCUCCACAAGUUCAAAAUUUGGUGGGAAGUCAUUGAUUGACUAUGACAUAGCACUUUUAUCAGAACCAUGCAUGUUGUUAGGAGUGAGUAUUGGAGUUAUCUGUAACCUUGUACUUCCAGAAUGGUUGAUCACAGUACUUUUUGCUUGUUUUCUUGGUUGGUCUACCUCAAAAACUUGCAAACGUGGGUUGGUGUGUUGGAACAUUGAAUCAGAAGAGAUGAGGCAAAAUGGACUUAAGGAACAUGAGAAAGGGCUGCUAGAUAAUGAUGGGUCAAAAAGUAUUGAAGUACCUCUUCUAGAUCCUCAUGAAAGCUGCAAAUUGAGGAUCCCUUGGAGGAAAUUGGGGAUCUUACUUUUGGUCUGGUUAUGUUUCUUCUCCAUCUAUCUUAUUCGCGGCAAUGGAUAUGAACAGGCAAUGAUUCCAAUGGAGCCAUGUGGUGUGGGAUACUGGAUUCUCUCAUCAGUUCAAAUACCUCUUGCUGUGGUUUUCACUGCUUGGAUGGUAUUUAGAAAAGAAAGUCAACAAGACCUAACUCUUCUACCAGAGAUUCAUAGACCCCUUAGAUUGAAAAGUAUUUUAGUAAACUUCAGUGUUACUUCAGAUCAGCUUGUUUUUCCAUCGAUGGCACUACUGGCUGGGACAUUGGGUGGUGUAUUUGGAAUUGGAGGUGGAAUGCUGAUAAGUCCAAUUCUUCUUCAGGUUGGAAUAGCUCCUGAGGUAACAGCAGCUACAUGUUCCUUCAUGGUUUUCUUCUCUUCUACCAUGUCAGCGUUGCAAUAUCUGUUGUUGGGAAUGGAACAUGUAGAGACUGCACUCAUCUUGGCCAUAAUGUGUUUUGUUGCAUCACUUCUUGGGUUAAUAGUAGUACAGAAAGUAAUUAGAAAGUAUGGAAGGGCCUCUAUAAUAGAUUUCUCAGUUAGUUUGGUCAUGUCUUUAAGUACUCUACUAAUGACUAGCUUUGGAGUCAUAAAAGCUUGGGGAGACUACAAAUCAGGGAAAUACAUGGGAUUCAAACUACCUUGUUGAAACAGUUUUGUUAGCUAAGUUUCCAAUUAUGUGAUAAUCCUUCAUUUAGCUCGCAUAUAGUCAUCAAUAUCAUGUAUAGUCAUGCUCUAAGUAAAACCUUUGACCAUCCAUGCUUGCCUCAUGAGCAAGAAUAUGUAAAAACAUCAGUAAAAUUAUAUGAAUAAAAAGAGGCAAAGAUUUUGGAUC